AUUUGCCUAUCGUGAUGCACUACGAUUCAAGUAAGCCGCUGGGCAUAAGGAUUUGUUCUACAUUGAUGACAAAGAUGUGGAGUUUAAAGAAGUUCUUGAGUCACCUUUGCCAAAAGCACCACUUGAUACAUCUGUUACAUCCCACUGGCUUGCGAUUGAAGGCAUUCAACCAGCAAUUCCAGAAAAUGCUUCAAUUGAAGCACCUUCUGAUGGUAAAAAGGCUGAAUACAAAGAAGAUGGGCUUUCCGUUGAUGUCAAAUUACCUGUUAAGCAUGUAUUAUCUAGAGAGCUUCAACUUUACUUUGACAAGAUCGUGGACAUUACCAUGAAUAAAUCAG